AUGGACCAAGUAAAUGGCUCUGUGGUAAAUGAAUUUCUGUUACUGGGACUUGCACAAUCCUUGGGAAUGCAGGUCCUUUUUCUUUUCUUCUCUUUAUUCUAUGCGGGAAUUAUCUUGGGAAACCUCUUCAUUAUGUUUACAGUGAUUUUUGAUUCUCACUUACACUUUCCCAUGUAUAUCCUGCUGGCCAACUUAUCAUUCAUUGACCUGGGCCUUUCAUCUACCACAGUUCCUAGGAUGAUCUCUGAUCUUUUCAGUGAUUGCAAAAUCAUCUCCUUCCAUAGUUGCAUGAUACAAAUGUUUUUUAUUCAUGUCAUGGGAGGAGUUGAGAUGAUACUGCUCAUAGCCAUGGCAUAUGACAGGUACACAGCAAUUUGCAGGCCUCUCCACUACUUAACUAUUAUGAAUCUCAAAAUGUGCAUGCUUUUGGUAAUGACUGCUUGGAUCAUUGGGGUGAUCCAUGCUGUGUCUCAGUUUGUUUUUGUCAUAAAUUUACCUUUCUGUGGCCCUAAAAAUGUGGGGAGCUUUUACUGUGAUUUUCCUAGGGUUAUUAAACUUGCAUGCAUGGACACUUACAGACUAGAAUUUGUGGUCACUGCUAACAGUGGCUUCAUAUCUAUGGGCACCUUCUUUUUCUUAAUUGUAUCAUACAUCUUUAUUUUGAUCACUGUCAGACAACAUUCUUCAAAGGAUUUAUCCAAAGCAUUCAUCACUUUGUCAGCUCACAUCACUGUAGUGGUUUUGUUUUUUGUUCCAUGCAUGUUUCUCUAUGUGUGGCCUUUUCCUACCAAGUCAAUGGAUACAUUUUUUGCCAUUGUGGACUUUGUCGUCACUCCUGUCUUAAAUCCUGCCAUCUAUACUUUAAGGAACAGAGAUAUGAAGGCAGCAAUGAGAAGGCUGAGUCGACAAGUUGUAAGUUCUAGAGAGAUGUCAUAA